AUAUGAUACGCUUGAUAACUUAUGUAAAUAAUUUAUACUUCCAGGAUAUUUGCCACCUUCAUGGCAACAUGAUUGAACACAUUGCAAUCCCUGUAUACAUAAGCGGUGGACUUGCCGCCGUUGCUGCGAUUGCAGGGGCCUUGGGUUUAGGUCUAGUGGCGAUAUCUUCAAACCGCAGGAAUAUUUUCUACCGCGAGCCAAACUCCAACUAUCACAGAGGAGGAGGUAAACCCAAGAAGCCUGUUGCAUAUCGCAGUGGACGAGGCGAAGGUGGAAAAUACGCUAAAAAAGCAAAAGAAGCCGGUGGAGAUGAUGGAUACUUACUAAGAGGUGUCAAGAACUGGUUCGGAAACAAUGAUCCUCAAAAGGAAGUAAAUGCGGAACCUGACUACAAUGAUUCUUACAAUGAUGUGGAAUACGAUAACUACUAUGCGAACACUGAUCAGCAAACUGUAACGGAAGCUCCAGUCCAGUUUGUUUACUACAUGACGAAGGAUGGCACGCGUCGCAAGAAACGUUCCAUUCAAAAUGACAAGGAAUCCCAAGAGGAAAUGGAAGCAGCGGAAAAAUGGAGGCAGGCUAAGAUCAAGGAAGAGCGGAUGAUGGAGGUUGUUCGAGCGCAAGACUCGUCUGGGUGCGGACUGAAGCUCGUGUGCGAGCUGGCGUCGCUCAACAACGAGCAACUCACCUACGAUCACCUCGCAAUGCUUGAUCUAGUCGGACCGGCCAUCAUGCCCGGGCGUGGAAAUCCAAAUAGUUACGCAGUGGACACCCGAAUUUCCGCCAAGACGGAAUACCAAAUCGCUCGAGGUGUGGGCGCCAUGGGUCUGUCCUGCAGCCGCUACUACCCAGCGUGCCCCGUGGAGAACGUCUUGCAGGUCGUGGAUCAAAUUUUGCCCUGAGCGAAAUAUGUCCGUGGAUCAAAUUUUGCCUGAGCGAAAUAUGUCCGUGGAUCAAAUUUUGCCUUGAGCGAAAUAUGUCCGUGGAUCAAAUUUUGCCCUGAGCGAAGUAUGUCCGUGGAUCAAAUUUGCCCUGAGCGAAAAAUGUCCGUGGAUCAAAUUUUGCCCUGAGCGAAAUAUGUCCGUGGGGCAAAUUUUGCCCUGAGCGAAAUAUGUCCGUGGAUCAAAUUUUGCCCUGAGCGAAAUAUGUCCGUGGAUCAAAUUUUGCCCUGAGCGAAAUAUGUCCGUGGAUCAAAUUUUGCCCUCAGCGAAAUAUGUCCGUGGAUCAAAU